AUUCGGUGUUUACUAUAACAAAUAAUUGUUUGUUAAAAGAAGUAAACACCACAUAACAUGUAUUUAUUCGAAGAUCCUGCGUAUUAUAUAAAAUCCUACAAUGUGUUUCAAUCUCGCCUGAAUAAGCUCGAAAUUAUGAAAGAACUGACUCAAACAGUUUUUGUAAAAUUCGUUGUUGAAAACUUGAAGACUCAAGAUAACAAACUUCGAACGUUAGGAGUUGGAAGUUCUUCAGGACACAUUGAGACUGCUUUAAUUGAGCGCCUGUUAGAUCGUUUUCCUGACAUUGAAAACACAGUCGUUGAACCCAGCGAAGAUGCUGUUACCGAAUAUAAGAGAUUAGUUAAUGGAAAGUUCGAAAACGUGGAAUACACCUGGUUAAACAUGACUUUCGAACAAUUUUGCGACCAACUUCAAGCGACUGAAAAUAAAAAGAAAUUCCACCACAUCAGUGCGAUAGAUUGUAUGUAUCACCUCGACAACUUCAGUGACGCUCUCACAUUCUUGUAUGACAAAUUGGAGGAAGGAGGAAUAAUGCUAAUUGCUAUUUGUUCUGCUGAAAAUGGGAUGCACAAAGCUAAAGUACGUUAUUCGAAGCUGCCAGAAACGUGUUUCAUUACAUCCACCGAUAUAAUGAAAAUUUGCCAUAAGAACAAAAUUCCAUACCAGCGUUACCACCAUGCGUGCCAUACCGACAUCACGGGGUUAUAUUCUUCCGAUACUGUGACAGAAGAAGAGAAACUUUUGCUAGAUUUUUGGAUCCAAGUAAAGGGCUUCAAAGAAAGCGUAACAGAAAGUGCCUACAAAGAGGCAAUUAAUUUUAUUAAAAGCCCAGAUUGCUCAGUCGAACGAGAUGGGAAGUUACUGCUAAAGAACGAUUUCGAUUUACUAUUUAUCCAGAAAUAAAGAUCGAUAGGCAUGUUUUGCAAAUUUAAGAAUUAUUUUCAGGUUGUCAUGAUGCGUUAUUUCGACAUUUCAUUGUGUAUGUCAAUUGAUGUUCAUUAGAUAGACGACAUUUUUUCUUGAUUGAAAUAUGUCGGCCUAGAUUAGAUAUAGACCUGUCUAGUAGCGUAGUUUUAGCAACGCAAAUAAUUGGGGGUGGGGGCUAUUAGGGACCCAUCCAUGAAUAUGCCUAAAAAUAAUAAUUACAAAUUAUUUCAACUAAAUAUUUUUGAAGAAAAAUAAACGGUCAAUUUAAGUCUGCAAGUGUCAUUUCCGGCCAUGAGGUACCAUCAUAAAUCUAGAUCGUCCAUCUGUGAAAGUCCCUCCCUGUGCCCGUUAAUUUCGAAAUGCCGGAUCCGCCAAUACAAUCGUUUAAUUUUACGUGCCACUUUCUUGAUUGGUUUAGAACAACCAGUUUAGAAGGGGUAGGGGAGGAUCUAGAUUUAUGAUGGUACCAUAUGAUUCUCUCAAGAAAUGUGUUUUUUGUUUUUCUAUUUAUUCACCUUUUUAUAUUUCUGAUUUGCACUGUUUUUGCCUAUCGGAUCAAUACUAAUUUCAUUUUUACCAUGUCGUUAAAAUGACAAUGAAGGAGUACGUCGUAUCGUAUCGUACCUUACAAAUAGUAUAUAUAUAAUAACGUACAACUGUAGACUCUGGCAUAUGAAGGACUUCACUCGUGUUAUUAUUUUGUUAUAAUAUGUAGAUCAUGAAGGUGUGUCUCAAAAUGGGUAGACUAAGAUUCUUCACAUACAUUAGAGCAAUUGGCCUACUUUGCAUCUUGUUUGAUGAGGUCUAUUGCGAUUUCUUUGUAUAUAUAAACUAAUCGAUUGUGUUAUAGAAUCGUAUGUUGACUAGAAACAACUUUUUAAAAUAUCGGUAGGCCUACCAUAUCAGCAGGAAACACAACCACUUACACCUAUGCGACUAUUGUGCUGACAAAAGUUAGAAAAUACUUUUCAAAAUGUUUUUUUUUUUUUUUCAGUUUAGGGGCUUGUAUAUUUUCUAUUGUGAUCGAGAUUUUAUUACAUUAAUUGAGGUACCCAAUGCUCUAAGAAAAGAACUCAUUAUUUUGCUAUACUUGUAAGUCUAUUUAAUAUUUUGUUACGGUUUUCCACAGUUAUCACAAAACGGUAGGUAUACUAGGCUAGGCCUACUCUAGUCUUUUGAACCCUAUGUGAACCAGUUGUUUCAUAUGAUUGUGUGAAAUUAAAGACAAUGAAAAAAACUUAAUUGGCUCCAAUCGGAUUCGUCGAAUUUCCAACGACAUUGGAAAUCCCUAUUGGAGCCAGUGUGACCAGUGAUUCAAAUCAAAUUAUGCCGAAGUUGAUGGGAAAUUUAGCUAAAUUAUGCCAAAUGUUAAAUUUCGAAUUAGCGCCCCUCCAAAUAUUCAAUUUAAAAUAAGCGC